AAAAUGGCAGCAGAAGAUGAAUCAUUGCUCUUAUCGCACAUCCAUACGAGAGAAAUUAAAUUGACCAAGCCUCCUCACCUGGCGGCGGCAAUAACAGCGAGUCGUGUUAAGCUGCAAUGAAAAUCCCAACCGUUUUCCCCAAUCGAUGCUGCGGUGGUUUUAGACCCCACGCCAGACAACCGAUCCGAGCCACGCUUAUUCGCGAAUAUAGAAUACGCCACGCGCUGCUACCUUCGCGGUAGUCUUCGUUUGGCAGUUGAGCCAUCUGGAUCGUAGGAUAUUGAAUUGAAGUGGAUUAAAUAUAGGUAGUUUUAAGUUGCGACCAUGAAACCGAUUGUUCUUGUGGGUAUUUGCAUUCAGCUGGUUUCAGGAUGGAAGUUAAAGAAUGAAGUAUAUGAUAUCCAGAAUUGCACUCAUAAUCAGUUGUGUCUGCGAAUGCAAGAUUGUCCAGACUACAGGAAAUAUGUUCAUAAACCAAAAAAGUGGCCGAUUGAAAUGACAAUCUGUAAUCAGGAGCAAAUCGGCAAACAAGCGCUGAUAACCAGUGUUUGCUGUCCGACGACGUUGAACGACAAGCAAUGUGGAAUAAAUAGCGAAUCGCCAAAACUUAAUGUAGUAGUUAAACGGAUAUCACAUGGAGAAGAAGCAAAACCGUCCCAGUUUCCAUGGAUGGCUCUGCUACUGGACAGAACAGGAGUUUUUUUCUGCGGUGGAACUCUGAUCACUAAUCGAUUUGUGCUAACGGCAGCCCACUGCGUCUGGUCGAAGAAGAAAAUAUCAGUGAGGCUCGGCGAGAACCAGAUCAGCCAGAAAACGGAUUGCAUUCAUCACGGCAGAAGAAGGAGGCACGCAUAUACACCGCUUGAUAUCAAGGUUCAAAAAUGUACCAUCCAUCCUAAGUACCAUUUACGACAAAAGCGCAAUGACAUAGCUGUUUUGCGAUUGGAAGAGGAAGUUUCCUUUAGUGAUAGUAUUCGACCAAUAUGCAUUCCCGGCAGAGGAAAAGAAGAGCUGUCUCCGAUUCCAUCCCAAUUCCUUGUCGUUGGAGGAGGGCUGACAGAGAACAAUAAGGCCUCCGAUUUGCUAAAAUAUGCAGAAGUUUCAGCAAUGUCACUCGAAAAAUGCAAAAACAUUGUCAAACAAUCUAAUAGGGAAGUCAAGUUGGAUGAAACUUACGUCUGCACUGCAGGAAGUAACCAGGAAAAACAUCGUAAGGGUGACUCGGGAGGCCCACUUCAGUUUAAAUCUCGUAUAUCUUAUUACUGGCGAUAUGUUCAACAUGGAGUGGUGUCGUUUGGGAUCCAAGGCGGGGGAAAAUGUGAUAAUACUGGCAUUUACACAAGGGUUGAUAAGUACGCAGACUGGAUUCAUAAAGUGGUUCAUUCACAUAGGAAAAAUGAGGAUUUCAAGCCACUGGUGGCUAAUAGACGUAAACAAUUACAUAAGUCCAAUAAGAAAACAAUGAAAACCAAAGAAGUAAUAACGACGUACGAUUUUACAGGAUGAUAUAAAACCAUGCCCGAAAAAGAGGGAUCCAUAACACUGGGAUCAAAUGAAAAAAUGAACUAUAACUAAAAACUGUUCCUUUUCAGCUAUUGAGUAAAUUUUCAACUUUGCUGAUCUUUCGGAGAAUCAAACAAGUUUUGUCAAUAGCAAAGCGAGUUUUGUUAUCGAUUAGCAAGCUUUCAAUUCCUUUGGUCCAGAACUCAUUGCUCAUACUAUGAAGACUUCACGAGUUCGACUUGUUUUCGGAUCUGUCGAACAAUGUUUUUGAAUUCGCCGCUUUUUGGAACACCAAGCGAAGUAGGACGAGUUAGUCGGAAUCCUUCGAAUUGAAAAGUGAUGACGUUACUUUAAGUAUUAUUUAGUAAUCUUCAAUUCCAUGGACAAUGUUGAAGUUGGUAUAGGGAUUGCUUUAAGUGUACAAUAUUUGCUUUCCUUGACGAAUAUGAAUUUCCAACCGUCUGAUUACAGACGGCUCAGAAGAUCGAUAACGAUGAUGGGACGGCAACACUAACCAGAUCCGCUUACCUCUCGAUCACCUUUCUCACUGAAAGAUGAUUUGUAGAGCACACGCGAACUUUUAGCAUUAACCGUUCGGUACUUGAGACGUUCCAGAAGCAAACGGAGCCAAGAAUAAUACCUGUCACGUCCGAAUGCUGGUCAACGAGGGAAAGUGACGU